AUGCCUGAGUCAAUGAGCCAGUCAGAGGAUACAUGGGAGGAUGGCUCUUCGGCUUCUUCGCUGUCGUCGACCGGAACGAUGGUCCCGUCACCUACGCGACAGCUAUUCGCCCGAACGGGUCGACGACAAUCAUCUCAAACCUCUUUGACAUGGACAGACUUCUUUGACCAGGAGCUCUUCCUCCCAGAGGAUGUGGAUAAUCUGCAUAUUGUACACCAUGUCUAUCUAACACCACCAACUGAAUCAGGCCCGCUUUUUGUCAUGCACCAUGGGGCUGGAUCAUCUGGACUUUCCUUCGCCACGUGCGCAGAAGAGAUUCGGAAGAUCCUCCCAAAGGCGGGCAUUUUGUCACUGGAUGCUCGAAGCCAUGGCCGUACUGUCGUGACUCCACUAGACAGUAAGACGGCUGACGGAGCUCCUUCUACAGCAGCAGCUGCCCAGGCUGAAUCCUCGGGGCAGGUUGAGCUUGACCUUAGUCUCGAGACUCUGAGCCGGGAUCUAGUCCAUGUUAUCUACCAGACACAAACGAGGAUGGGCUGGGAGAAGCUCCCUGAUAUCAUUCUGGUCGGACAUAGUCUAGGCGGUGCGGUGAUCACAGAUGUCGCGAAAAAAGGAGAGCUGGGCCCGAAGCUGUUGGCGUACGCGGUGUUUGACGUAGUUGAAGGGUCUGCGAUGGAUGCUCUCCAGAGCAUGGAGAAAUAUCUUUCGACUCGUCCGACCCGGUUCCCAUCUUUGCUAUCUGGAAUUGAAUGGCAUACUCGUUCCCGCACAAUCCGGAACACCACCUCCGCUCGUGCCUCUGUUCCGUCCCUAUUAUAUGAAGAAAGCGAUCCCAGCGACCCAUCCCGUCCUUGGGUGUGGCGCACCAACCUCUCAGCAACGAAACCUUUCUGGGAAAACUGGUUUGUUGGCUUGAGUAGGAAGUUCCUCGAUGCGCGAGGUGGCAAGCUACUACUACUUGCUGGGACCGAUAGAUUAGAUAAAGAGUUGAUGAUCGGGCAGAUGCAAGGCAAAUACCAACUCCAGGUCUUCCCUGAAGCAGGUCACUUCGUCCAUGAGGACCAGCCUGCGAAGACUGCGCAGAUUCUGGCAGACUUUUACCGACGAAACGACCGGAGCGCAUUGGUGCUUCCGCCCAAGGUGGCGGAUAUGCAGGCAUCAGCGGCGAUGAAGAAGGGAACAGGUGCCCCUGAUAGCUCGACGGGGCACUCGAGAUAG